UACACGGGCUGAGAGACCCACCGAGGCCACCAGCGGGGGACACCGUUUGCCACAGCCACCGGGCCACCCGCGGGGGACAAAGCUUCAAGGACCAUGGCUGCCAUUGACGAGCGUACCUUCAUUGCCAUCAAGCCCGACGGGGUCCAGAGGGGGCUGGUGGGGGAGAUCAUCAAACGCUUUGAGAGGAAAGGAUUCAAACUGGUAGCCAUGAAGUUAAUACAUGCCUCUGAGGACCUUCUGAGGGAGCACUACAUCGACCUCAAGGACCGGCCGUUCUAUGAUGGCCUGGUGCAGUACAUGCACUCGGGACCUAUUGUAGCCAUGGUGUGGGAAGGUCUUAAUGUGAUUAAGACUGGAAGAGUAAUGCUGGGCGAAACCAAUCCAUUUGAUUCCAAGCCUGGCACUAUUCGUGGGGACUUCUGUGUCCAAGUUGGAAGGAACAUCAUUCAUGGCAGUGACUCUGUGGAAAGUGCUGAGACUGAGAUAAAUUUAUGGUUCACUCCUGAAGAACUGGUUGAUUACAGAAGCUGUGCUCAUGAGUGGAUAUAUGAUUAAAACCCACACUGAAUCUUCUGAUAUCCCCAUGUCCAUGAGCAGCUGCCAGCCUCUAGCUAUUCCAAAGAAUUCCCUGGUAGAAACCUCAGAAAACAGUGAGAUUGCUCUGUUGUGGAUGUUAAAUAGUCAGUGCUUGCUGCUCCUUUGAUUUAAAAGAUGUCAAGUUAUAGAUGGAAUUGCACUUUUAAAAGCUGUUUCUGGGAUUGAGAGAUAGGAGGUGAAAACACAAAGCAGAUAAUAGACAUAUUUUUCUGAAGCACUUUAUAGUCAUAAAGAAUAUUUUGGUAAACAUAAAAACAAACGGAUAAAUUAUUUUUUGGUAAAUAAAUAUGCAAAUGGCUCAGAGUCAGAGGUUAACUUUGCUAAAAUAUUAGAGGGCAACUGAUGGUGUAUAAAUGCUUUGAUAAUAUGCCCAAAAUGCUGAGCAUUUACUUAAUAUCAAGUCAAGUGUGUCCCCAUUCCUAAAACAGCUGCAGAAAAAAGCCCAUUUCUCUCCCCAGAACAUGCUGUGACCAUAGAGAGCUCAGCUCUGGCUAAAAUGACAACUGGCCUCCACACUGACACUGUUUCAACUUGUUCUUUUUUUCAAUCCACAUGGGAUUUAUUUAGCAUUUUAAGGAAAGAUUAACUAACCAGGCUUUAUGAAAUGUCCUUUUAUGUGAAAAGCAGAUUAAUGUGAGGAUGGAUGAGGGAGAUUCUACCUUCAGUCACUUCAGUGCAGCAGCUCUCUGACAUUGCACAAAGCAAUAAGUGGUGUUUGUUUUGCCAGCUGAACAGGUGAUAA